UGGGAUUACACGCGCCUGCCACCAAGCCCGGCUAACUUUUUGUAUUUUUAGUAGAGACGGGGUUUCACCGUGUUAGCCAGGAUGGUCUCGAUCUCCUGACCUUGUGAUCUGCCCGCCUCGGCCUCCCAAAGUGCUGGGAUUACAGGUUUGAGCCACCGUGCCCGACCUCCAGGUUGCUAUUCUACUAGGAAAUCUUAAUCUGCAACAUCUCUUGGCUUUACCCCUUUCAUUCACUGUUUCCUGUUUUCCGUGUACCCUCUUGAUUUCUUUCCAGCUCUUCUCUUUCUCAGACUCACACAGUCCUUCCAUUCACUCCCCUCCUUGCCUUCUUCCCUUCUUCGUGUACAUCUCCUUUCUCCCUCUCUUUCUUUGCUCCCCCUACUUCAUUUUCCGUUCCCGCAUCCCCCGAUGGUCUCCCCCUCCUUCCCGCUCUCUGUCUUACCCUAGUUUGGAAAUGCAGCAGACCUCUAAACCUGCUAGCAUUGGAUGCAAGAGGCUGUCAUUCUACGGUAGGAGGAGCUUCUAUUGGUCGGGCUGGAGGCGGGUACCGAGCUGAGUAUAAAAGGUGGGACCGGAGGCGGCGAGCUGAUCGGCUCUGACAGGACGGGUCGGAGGGGGUCGCCUGGCCGGAGCUGGGCGCCGAGAAUCCCGGGUGCCAGCACCAGAGCAGUGGCUCUCCGCACUAACUCUCCGCCCCUGGUCAGCUGUAACCCCUGCCGCAGAGCCCGGCAACUCUCAGCUGUCGCCCGCGGAGCCCCGAGGUCCCCUCGCCUCACCUGUGCGUGCCGCGCCUCGCGCGCCCUGUCCGGCUGCGGAGAUGAGCGAGCUUAAUACCAAAACAUCCCCAGCAACCAACCAGGCAGCUGGCCCAGAGGAAAAAGGAAAAGCUGGCAAUGUCAAGAAGGCGGCGGAGGAGGAGGAGAUUGACAUUGAUCUGACAGCACCAGAAACAGAGAAGGCUGCCCUUGCUAUUCAGGGCAAGUUCCGGCGAUUUCAGAAAAGGAAAAAGGAUCCCAGCUCCUGAAUAGCCAGCCUUGCCCUUCACCUUCACCUUCACCGUGGUCCCUUCGCUCCCCUUCUCCACACCCAUGUAUCUUUAUCCCUUGUCCCUCUAGCCUUUCCUUGAGGCAAGUUCAACCCUUAUAUGCUCUUGUAUCUGGCCCCCUCAAGCCAUCACAGAAGUAGAGGCACAAGAGAGGUGAAGAAGAUGAAGACUUCAAUCAGCAGUCACUUGUCUAAGGGUGGAACAAUUUCUUCUUGGAAUAAGGUUCUUUGAUCAGUAGCUAUGCCUGCCCUGUAGGGUUGAACAAGAGGCUUCGAGGCUGAGAGAUCUCCCCAAAGAACAAUGUGGGAAGGAGGGGAAGGCCUUCAGAGUAGGGUGCCUGAGGGUGGGACAUAUGCACUGUUCUGCUAGUUACAGCAUUCACACUUUAGGUAACAUUUUUUUUCCCCUUCAGAUCCUUCUGCACCAACUCCAACUUCCCCUCCAAGGAUCUAAGCCACAGUGGGGACUGGAGCCUCCCUUUCCCCCUAGGCAGACCUAAAUCAAGCAGCUUACCACAAUAGUGCAUGCUGAGUAAAUUAGUUCCAAGGAAGGGAAACUGGAAUGGCAGUGUCAAGGAAAAGCCUCCCUCGUCAUCUAGUCUAGGACCAUAACGGGCAGAAGCAGAAGAGGUUCCAGGGCCAUAAGCAGGGGAAUGAGAAGUAGGCACAUAUAGGGAGGAAAGAAAAGUGAAGAAUGGGGAAAUCUCUGAAAUUUUUUACUGCCGGGAAAAGUGUACUACAUGAAGGAUGCUUGGGGCUUUGCUAACCUGCUCACCUCUAACCCCCCCCCAAGUCUAGCCAUCCCCAGAGGCCACACAAACCAAGUGACUCCUGUAGUUCCCACUUGCCCCACUAUGGAAUCAGGGCAAAAGUGGAAUAGCCACUCCAUGUGAUUUUAGCAUGUUUAAUAAUUUUAACAAUAAACCACCCCACAAAUGGGGUCAUUUAACCUCUA